AUGGCUUCCAAAAGCAGGUGGCUGCUCCUACUGCUGACCUGUGCAGCCAGCACUGAAGUCCUGGGUGGUAUCCUCAUGAGACCCAGCUGUGCUACCGGAUGGUUUUACCACAAGUCCAAUUGCUAUGGGUACUUCCGAAAGCUGAGGAAUUGGUCUGAAGCUGAGCUCGAGUGUCAGUCCUAUGGAAAUGGAGCCCACUUGGCAUCUAUCCUGAACCCGAAGGAAGCCAGAGCCAUAGCAGAAUACAUAAGCGGCUAUCAAAGAAACCAGCCAGUAUGGAUUGGCCUGCAUGACCCACUGAAGAAGCAGCAGUGGCAGUGGAUUGACGGGGCCCUGUAUUUAUACAGAACCUGGUCUGGCAGGUCCUUGGAUGGAAGUAAGCAGCCCUGUGCUGAGAUGAGCUACCGUAACAGUUUUUUAGCUUGGAACAGCAACCAAUGCAACAAGCGCCAGCACUUCCUGUGCAAGUACCAACCGUAGCAUGAAAUUCCUGCCAAC